CUUGCUCACACAUACGCUGUUGUCAAUGAGCGCAACAACACCCGAGGUGCUGCUGGUCGAGUCGGCUGAUGCCACCACUUCGGUCUCGGGCACACCGCGCAAGCUGAAGCGGAAGCGUGAAGGUGGGAGCGGCGCUGGUCGUCCUGCCCUUCCCGCAAGCUCGGCUCCAGCCGUGGCACCCGCCGGCAUCGCCAGUGAGAGGACGACACACAACGGGCGAGCCGUUGGUCGGAACAGUGCUGCGCCGGCUGUGCCGGGCCGGAAGCGGUCGUCGGGCCGGAGCGUGGCGGCGUCGGCCUCGAAGCGGGCAAGCUCGGGCAAGGCCAAGAAGUCCAAGUCCAAGUCCAAGGCUAAGAGCAAGGACAAGAACAAGGCCAAGAGCAAGAGCAAGAGCAAGGCACGGGCGUCGAGCCAGCGGUCGGGCAAGGCCAGGAGCGGCAAGUCCAAGUCCAAGUCAAAGGUCACGGCCGUGGCAAGGGCCCGGCGCGGUGACGAGGCGGUGCGGAUGAUGGCGGCACCGCCGCAGACCUCGUCGGGUACGCCUGCUGGGCAGCCUGGAACGGACGAUCCCGGAACACACUCGCGGGCAGCAGUGGCGGCCCUCGAGUCCAAGGCGGCAGUGGCGGCGUCGUCGGCAGCGGCAGCAAUGGGCGCCGCGUCGGACGCAAGGAAGCGUGAGGCGGACGUGCCGCGCGGCUACCCGCUCGACUACGCACACGUCAACGAGACGUUCCCGCCGGAACGGUUUGACGUCGAUGGCUUUACCAUCAAGUACUCGGACUUUUCGCAGUAUAAGCUGCGGGAGAAGAUCGGCGAGGGCGCGUACUCGGAGGUGUUUGUGGCCAAGCGCAAGAGCGACGGAGUCAAGGUUGUGGCCAAGCAAAUCAAGACUGAGAAGGAGACAAAGGCCAAGCUCAAGCGCGAGCUGCUCAUGCUCCGGCUUGUCUCGGGCUGCGACCGGAUUGUGCAGUGGCUGGACACGGUGCAGGACCCGGUCAAGGGCUACAAGUACUUUAUUUUCGAGUUUAUCGAGAACCCCAACUUCCGCAUCACCUUUUACCGGUUCAACGACCUCGAGGCGCGACUGUACCUGUACCAGCUCUUGCUGGCGCUCGACUACACCCACUCGCAGGGCAUCAUCCAUCGCGACGUCAAGCCCCGCAAUGUGCUGUACAACCCGGUGACGCGGCAACUGCGUCUCAUCGACUGGGGCUUUGGCGAGUUCUACUGGCCGGGCAAGCCCAUCGAGAAGUGGCCCGGCACUCGGUACUACAAGGCGCCCGAGCUCUUCUUCCGCUACCCGUACUACGACUACGCCGUUGACAUGUGGUCGUACGGCUGCGUCGUCGCCACCCUCGUCUUUGCGCGCAUGCCCAUGUUCAAGGGCCGCGAGGACUCACUCUCCCAGCUCAUCGAAAUCUCCAAGUGUCUCGGCACGCAGGGCCUGCACAACUACCUGCAAAAGUAUCGCAUCGCCAUCCGCUCCAAGUUCCGCACUGGCAUCAAGAAGCGCAAGCGCCGCUCGUGGCUUCACUACCGCAACCCAAAGCACCAGGAAAAGUGCACCACGCUCGGCAUGGACCUCGUGGAUAAGCUCCUGCGCUGGGACCACGAGCACCGCCUCACCGCACGUCAGGCUCUCGCCCACCCUUUCUUCGAUCCUGUCCGCCACACCGACGUUCCACAGCACCUCCCGCCGCUGCCAGCCUCAUCCACCGGCUCCUCCUCCGAAUAUGUCUACUACUAUGACGACGAGGAUGACGCCGCCGCCGCCAAUUGA